GCGCACACGCCCACAUACACUCUGCCAGCUCGUGGAGGGAGGGAACACACCUCUGUGAGCACACUUUAACCUCCUGAACGACACACACACACACACACACGAACACACACUCAGAGGGUUUGUCAAACUGUUCUGUGUGUCUGCAGUCGGAGCUGCUGUCUCUUCGACGUUUGGACUUUUCUUUCAAAACUUCUUCGGAGGUUUCUUUCAGUUUGGUGCCCUGCAGAACCCGGCAGUGCGCGUCAGGGCUCCCAGGGUGAGCCGUGGAGUCCGCAGGUUGAAUGUAAAGAGGACUGCAGCUGCUCAAUGAGCGGAGCAAACUGAACUUUCCCUGUGAAGUUUUGUCCCCGCACGUCUCACGCACAGAGAGGGUCGCGGGACGCGGGAGGACAAAGUGAGUCUCCGUCUCUACCUGGGGGUUUUUAGUCUCUCUGUCGGAGUCUGAAUCGGCUUCAGGAUGUCGGACUCUGCCUCCAGUUUCCUUCAUAUCGGGGAUAUCGUGUCCCUGUACGCGGAAGGAUCCGUGAACGGCUUCAUCAGCACCCUGGGGUUGGUAGAUGACCGUUGUGUGGUGGAACCAGCUGCUGGAGAUCUGGAGAAUCCCCCAAAGAAGUUCAGAGACUGCCUGUUUAAAGUUUGUCCUAUGAGCCGCUACUCGGCACAGAAACAGUUCUGGAAAGCCAAACAAGCCAAACAUGAGAAGGACAAGAUCGCUGACGUGGUCCUGCUGCAGAAACUCCAGCAUGCGUCCAACCUGGAGCAGAAACAGAAUGAAACAGAAAACAAGAAAGUUCACGGCGAUGUCGUCAAAUAUGGAACCGUGAUGCAGUUGCUCCACAUGAAGAGUAAUAAAUAUCUGACGGUGAACAAGCGUCUGCCGGCUCUGCUGGAGAAGAACGCCAUGCGGGUCACUCUGGACGGGACGGGGAACGAAGGCUCCUGGCUGUUCAUCCAGCCCUUCUGGAAGCUCCGCGCCAACGGAGACAACGUGGUGGUGGGAGACAAGGUGAUCCUGAACCCGGUGAACGCCGGACAGCCGCUUCACGCUUCAAACUACGAACUGACCGACCACCCGGGCUGCAAGGAGGUGAACUCUGUGAACUGCAACACCAGCUGGAAGAUCAACCUGUUCAUGAUGUUCAGCGACCACAGAGAGGAAGUCCUCAAAGGAGGCGAAGUCGUUCGUUUGUUUCACGCCGAGCAGGAAAAGUUUCUGACCUGCGACGAGUACAAGAGCAAAGUCCACGUUUUCCUCCGAACCACGCUAAGGCAGUCAGCGACGUCUGCCACCAGCUCCAACGCGCUGUGGGAGGUCGAGGUUGUCCAUCAUGAUCCGUGUCGUGGGGGGGCGGGACACUGGAACAGCCUCUAUCGCUUCAAACACCUGGCUACAGGAAACUACUUGGCUGCUGAGGAGAAUCCGGGCUACAAAGGAGACAGCGCAGAGCCUCCGCCCUCCAUCGACGGUAGUCGUAGCAACAAGCGUUCCCAUGGUGAGAGGAUAAAGUACAAGCUUGUGGCGGUGACUCACGGGAACGACAUUGCCUCGCUGUUUGAGCUCGACCCGACAACGCUGCAGAAAACGGACUCUUUCGUACCGCGGAACUCGUACGUAAGACUGAGACACCUGUGCACCAACACGUGGAUCCAGAGCACCAACGUCCCCAUCGAUAUCGACGAGGAGAGACCCAUCAGACUCAUGUUGGGAACGUGUCCCACUAAAGAGGAUAAGGAGGCGUUCGCCAUCGUCUCAGUCCCUGUGAUGGAGAUCAGAGAUCUGGACUUUGCAAACGAUGCCAGCGCCAUGUUGAGCGUCGUGGUGGACCAGUUCAGCCAGGGCUUCAUCAGCCAGAAUGACCGCCGGUAUGCCAUCAAGCUACUGGAGGACGUGGUUUUCUUCGUAGCUGAUGUCAUCAACAGUGGACAGGCGGUCCUGGACAUAGCCAUGACCAAAGCCAACCGAGAGAGACAGAAACUGAUGAGAGAACAGAACAUCCUCAAACAGAUCUUCGGCAUCCUGAAGGCUCCCUUUAAAGAUCGUGGGGGAGGGGAGGGUCCUCUGCUGCGAUUGGAGGAGCUGGCAGACCAGAAGAACUCUCCCUAUCAGUACAUGUUCAGACUCUGCUACAGAGUCCUUCGACACUCCCAGGAGGACUAUCGUAAGAACCAGGAGCACAUAGCGAAGCAGUUUGGUGUGAUGCAGAGUCAGAUCGGUUAUGACAUCCUGGCUGAGGACACCAUCACUGGCCUGCUGCACAACAACCGAAAACUGCUGGAGAAACAUAUCACCAAGACCGAGGUCGAGACCUUCGUCAGUCUGGUCCGCAAGAACAGAGAGCCCAGGUUUCUGGACUACUUGUCUGAUCUGUGUGUGUCCAACAACGUAGCCAUCCCCGUCACUCAGGAGCUCAUCUGCAAAUGUGUGCUCGAACCCAAAAACCAGGACAUCCUCAUCAAGACAGAACGGCGGGUCCCCAAAGAAGCGCCCACUGGUGGGGUUCAAGGAGAAUACAUGGGGAUGGAUGACUAUGGAGAUGAGGAUGAGGUAUGGCUGGUAUGGACAGACAAAACCAAUGAAAGACAGGAGAAGGGCAUCAGACAGCUAGCCCAGGAGGCAAGACAAGGAAAUGCUCACGAUGAAAAUGUCCUCACCUAUUACAGGUACCAGCUGAAGCUCUUUGCCCGGAUGUGUCUGGACCGUCAGUAUCUAGCCAUAGAUGAGAUAUCAAAGCAGCUGGAUGUAGAGCUCAUCUUCCUGUGUAUGAUGGACGAAACACUGCCCUUUGACCUCCGGGCCUCUUUCUGUCGCCUUAUGCUCCACGCCCAUGUGGACCGAGAUCCUCAAGAGUUGGUGACACCUGUCAAGUUUGCACGCCUCUGGACAGAGAUCCCCAGCUCGAUCACCAUCAAAGA